UAGCCUACCUCUAACUCUUCUUCUUCUGGUAGUUGUUUUUUAUCGUAUGCCCAAAAGAAUGGCUACUAUUUCUCAAUCUUUCUUCUUCAUCUUGCCCUUUCUUCUUUAUUCGAGACUGGAUAUAGCAAGCAGUGCUCCCGGCUGUGGACCACUAGUGGCCGAUGAUGUCGACCGGAUUCAAUUUGCUCUCAACUUGGAGUUCUUGGAAGCUGAGUUUUUCUUGCAUGGCGCCCUAGGUGAAGGGCUCGACCAGGUUGCUCCGCAGUUGGCCCGUGGCGGCCCACCUCCAAUUGGUGCCAGAAAGGCCAAUCUUGAUGACUUUGAGCGUCGAAUCAUAGAGGAGUUUGGUUAUCAGGAAGUUGGCCAUCUCAGGGCCAUCACAUCUGCAGUGGAAGGACUCCCAAGGCCUCCAUUGGAUCUUAGUCCUCAAAAUUUUAAAAAAAUUUUUAAGCAGGCAAUUGGACAGGAUUUGAAGCCCCCGAUGGACCCUUACUCGAACACAGUCAACUAUCUCCUAGCAAGCUACGUAAUCCCUUAUGUUGGACUCGUUGGUUAUGUUGGCACCAUUCCAUCCCUCACCAACUCUUCUUCGCUCAGUCUGGUUGCAUCGCUGCUAGGCGUGGAAUCAGGGCAGGAUGCAGUUAUACGGGCAUUGCUGUACAAGAGAGAGAGUGAAUUUGUGCAACCCUACAACAUAACCGUGGCGGAGUUCACACGCGGAAUCUCCAAUCUAAGGAACCAGCUGGGCAUGAGUGGAGUGAAAGAUGAAGGGGUCAUCGUAGUAGACCCGCAGUCUGGGGCGGAGAACAAGACCGACAGUAACAUAUUGUCGGCGGAUGCCAAUUCACUGUCGUAUGCGAGGCAACCGCAGGAGAUUCUGAGGAUUGUGUAUGGAACUGGGAAUGAGAGCCAGCCUGGAGGCUUCCUUCCGAAGGGUGGAAUUGGCAAUAUUGCACAAGCCUAUCUUAAUUCUUAACCGAGUUUGAGGAUUUUCGAUAGUUAAUGUACGAGGUCUCGGCUAGAGCUGGGAAACCAAGUAUUAAAAAUAAACAGAACUUGGCUUUCUAAUUAA